AUGGCAAAGGACGGUGAGGGAGACCGGGACAACGAUGGUUCGUGGCACGAAGUACAAUACCGGAAAAAUAACAGAAGUAGGGGAGAUGGUGUGGAAUGGACAUUUUUAGUGCAAAAUAUCUCUGACAAAGUCACGAGGAACGUUCUAUGGAGGGCAUUCCAACCGUUUGGGUUUGUAUCGGAUGUGUAUGUGGCCCGAAAAAGGGAUUCUAGAGGAAGGUGCUUUGGAUUUGUCCGGUACGUCGGCGUGGUAGAUAUGAAGGAGACAUUGGCAGUCAUGAAUUCUGUGAGGAUGUUCGACAUGAAGGUUAUUGUCUCCUUGGCAAAGUAUGAUAAGGAUCACAAAAAGAUCCAAUAUACCCCGGAUAUGAUGGGUCGGAGUGAAUGGAGACCAAAAGAUAAGACCCAGGAGAACAAAAAUUAUACCGGUGACUAUAGAAAUGCAGGGAGAUUCCAUACAGAUAAUCAGUCGUCUGAACAAGGUCCAAAAGGCAUGUCAUAUACUCAGGAAGGGAGAUCGUAUGCAGAUAUGUUAAGAGGUAAUAAGGUGGAGAACAGUCGUGGGGCAAAAGUUGUUACAGUGGAUGGGAAGGGUUCUCUCUAUCCUCUCCAUUGUAUUGGUAGGUCCAUUCUGGGUUAUGCCAAAGAGUUGCUGACUGUAAGUAAAAUGAGAAGGAUAAUAGAGGACGAAGGAAUGUCGGAAGUAGGAUUAUGA